CAGGUCUCGGAUGUUAUCCUUUCUUCGAGGACACAGAAGACAACACCCCAUCUAGUCAGGUGUAUCUGUGAUCCUGGCCACACUUGACUUUCAGUAAUCUUCUAAAAAUCCUCACCCCAACCCUGUGAGAUUUGGAGAGAGGGCAGCUUGUGUCAUCUUCUCAAGUUCUAGAACAACUGACCAGCCAGAAGGAGAGACCCCAUCCCUCGCCCACCCUCGCCUGCUGCUAGCUAGCACUAGCAUGGCAGACAGUCGACAGCCAGAAGACGGUGCCCCCCAGUGGGACCCAUCAAAAGGACAGGAUCCCGCUGGCACUCACGGAGCCAAUGGCUACCCUUCCUCAGGGUUUAGGACCUGCCAGGCUGGUGGCGCCCACUUGGCCACAUCCUCCUACUCAGCCAGAGAGAAUGGUUUCAAUGGGGAGCUCACUGGUGCUCCUGCAAUAACUGCCGAGCAAGUGUCGGCAAGGAUUGUGCAAGAAGUGACAGCAGAAGCUGUGGCAGUACUGAAGGGAGAACAGGAGACCCAAAGGCUGCCAUCAGUUGAAGACACCACCAAUUUGCCUCCCUCUCCUCCCCCCUCACCUGCUGCAGAGCCCUUUGGCCCUCUGGAACAAGAUGUAGGGGAUGAGGAGGAGGCGGGCCCUCUCCGCUGCUUCCAAAAUUCUCGGGAGAGGUGCAAGUUCCUCGCCCCCUCCAUCUCAGUUUCCGUGCCCGAGGACGACCCCUACCACUCCGACGAGGAGUACUAUGAUCACCCAUUGUUCAGCCCAGAGUGGACGCACUCAGGCGCUCGCCCCACAGGGCAGGCUGUGGCCUUUAGACAGAUUGAAGAAGAGACCAUGGAGGCUCUUACAGCUGAAUACGAGGAGGAGGUUGAAGCGGAGGAGGAUGAGGAGGAGGAGGAGGAGGAGAGUGCAGAGGCAGCAGAGUCCGAAGCAGCUCUUGAUGAGCAGCAAUGGAGUGGGGACGAACCCGAGCUGGACAGCCUCCUAGCUGAGCCCUUAGAGCAGGCAGAGGCCAUAGACGAGGCUCAGGACGUAGACCUGGAGCCAUCCGAAGCUAUUAGUGCUCCUGCAGAAAGCUCUAUGGACAGAGAGGAGGAGGAAGCAGAGGGUGAGGAGAGCCCUGAGGAAGCUUUGAAGAUGGACUCUGACCAGCAGGGCAGUGGGUCCAUGAGCCCAGAUAGUAUUGGAUCAGAGAAGCGCCCGGAGGAGUUUUUUGAGCCCCAGGUCCAAGGAUUCUUUGCUGGGGAACGAGUUGUACCAGAGAGCCCCACAAUGGAUAUGCCGUCCUUUGUACCUCAAACCCAAGCCAAAGAAUCUGCCAAACCGCUCACACUUCAGCCUACAUAUGGUGAGCCAAUCACAGUGUCGGAGAAGCAGCCGUCAGUGGAGGUGGUGGAGUUCAGCAGCAUUGCUGCGCCUUCUGAUUUCUGUUCAAUGGGAAUCAAAGUUCAAGGAGAAGACACAACAAGAGACGCAAGCGACAGAUCUGGAAUGUCAGCAUAUUUUGAAACAUCCGCCACAGAGGCUGACAAGGCUCCCCAAAGUAAGGGUGAAGGUUAUUACGAACUGAGCAGAGCUGGCGAAGAGAAGAGUCCAAUUGAUUCCAGGUCUCAGGAGAUAAGUUACACUACCCUGAGUGGAGCCCAGAAUCAAUCUGAAAGUAAAACAAGUACGACAGAAAAUACUGGAGUGUUUGCAGUUCCUGACAGGAAUAAUGAAUGCAGGCUUUCCCCAGGUAAACUGGCCUUGGAACAGAGGAGUUAUUCACUUAACAUCACCAUUGGAGCAAUUGAUCACAGUGGCCAAGGCAAACCCAAGCACUUCUCCCCACUGGCCACAGAUAUAAUGUCAUUCACUAGUGGAAGUCUAGAUGAAUCAGCAGAAUACCUCCCAGUUACUACACCCUCUGUGGAGAAGCCUCCAUCCUUGCCUCCCCUGAUUCUGGAGACUGCAGCCUCCAUCACCUCAGAUUGCUCAUCUCCUCCAAGGACCAGUGAACUAGAUUCAAAAGCUAGCCCUGAACCAGAGUUGCCUGAAUCACCCGAGCUCCACAAGAAUACUUAUAAAAAUGGCACAGUGAUGGCACAAGAUUUGCCUGAGAUGCUGGACCUGGCUGGUACCCGUUCAAGACUAGCAUCCGAGAACAAUGACCCAGAAAUAAUCAGAAGAAAGUCAAUUCAAGCUGAUGUCUCUGCCUUCGCUGAUGACCCACUGGCUAGCCUAAUUUCAGGGGAACAAAGUCCUGGUCCCAUAAGAAGUGACAGCCAGCUUGAGGAGUUGGGUUAUUGUGUAUUCAGUGAAUAUUCAGGGCCAAUGCCAUCCCCUGCAGAUGUGUUUAGCCCUACAAACACUCCUGCACAGGUCUUCACCCCCUCUGUUCUGCAGGAGAAAGUGGCUGAACAGGCAAGGAGGCUUGCAGUCAGAGACUCGUCUUUGGAGGAAAGCACCCAGCAAUUAGCAGCUGCUGAGGUCACUGAGGAGAAAGAUCAGAAGCAGUUCGAUAGAAAGGUUUCCACUGACGAAAAAGACAAGCAGAUUGCUGAUGGUCAGUUGACUAAAUCUGUAAGUGAGCAGAAGAAACUGUCUCCUCUGCCCAGUGAGUCUUUUGUGACCCCAACAGUCACAGUGACUCUAGAAGAAGGUGGGAGGUCAGUGAGUGAGACUGAACGACAGGCCAGUGGCGAAGGCACAGCAUCAGAAACCGAGAUCGCUGACUACGAGAGACAGAUCCGCAAAUUGGAGAUGGAGGACAGACCUCUAAGCAUGGAGGAGGAACGGGAACUGCAGGAGCUUCGGGAGAAAGUGAAGCUGGUCCAUCAGGAGGCAUAUGAGGAAGUGGAUGCCGAAGAUGUGUACCAGUUGACCGGCGUGGCCAAGGACCGAAUUGCCAGACCUGUCAAAACUUCACCUGCGUCAUCUGUGGAGAGCAACAUUGAAGAUGACAAGCUGCUCUCUCCUGUGCUCUCACCCUCCAAGCUCAAACAACGAGAGGUUUAUGGCUCCCCUAAAAGAUCAGUGUCCCCAGUAACAAAAGAGGAGAAGGCUAAUGAAGAAUUAGAGAGAAAAGUAAAAGAAGACCACGAGAGGGAAGAAGCUGAAAAGAAAAUGAAAGAAGAGGCAGAGAAGAAAGCAAGAGAAGAGACAGAAAGGAUAGAGAAAGAAGAGAGGGAAAAAGAAGAGGCAGAGAAGAAAGCGAGAGAAGAGAAGGAAAGGAGAGAGAAAGAAGAGAGUGAGAAAAAAGAGGCAGAGCGGAUAUUGAGUGAAGAAAAAGAAAGGAAGGAGAAAGAACAAAAAGAGCUGGAGGCAAAAGAGAAAUUAGAGAAAGAGAAGAAAGAGGAGAGAGAGAGGAAAGAGAAAGAAGACAUGGAGAUCCAAGAACGACUAGAGAGAGAAAAAAUUGAGCGAGAGGAGAGAGAAAGGAAAGAUCUAGAAGAAAAAGAAAGAAUUGAGAAAGAAGUGAGGGAAAAGGAAGCGAGAGAAAAAAAAGAGAAGGAACUAAAAGAGAAGGAAGAGAAAGAGAAGAUUGAAAGGGAACUGAAAUUGAAGGAAGAGAGGGCGAAAGCAGAUGAGAUGGACAAAAAGGUUGUAGACAAACCUUUGGAGAUAGCAGCACAACCAGGUGAAAAAGCAGAUGUGAAGGAACAGGGAGGAGAGGAGGACAUGUUGGAGAAACCAGGGGCAGCAGCUGGAGCAGCUGUGACGAAGGAAAUCUCUGAGACUCGUGCUGCCAUUGAAUCAGUGGUGACAGUUGAAGACGAUUUCAUCACUGUAGUCCAGACCAUUGAUGAAGCGGAGGAGGCGGGACAUAGCGUUCGUUUCUCGGCUCCACCUGAGGCCGAAACCUGUGUCGCUGCCCAGAAAGAUCAAGAGGAGGAAGAGGAGGAGGAUGAAGAGGAGGAAUCUAUGGAGUUGGCCCAAGAAGCUGAAAUGGAGGCUGCCAGUUUAGAGGAGGUGGCUGAUGUUCCUGAGACCUCUGCCUCCCUCGAAAAGGAGGCAGAAACCAUCGAGACAGAAGGACAGACAGAGAGCUAUGACAGAGAUGAGACCACAAUGGAUGACUCCAUCCUGGACAGCUCCUGGGUUGACACUCAAGAUGAUGAUAAGAGCAUGGCAACAGAGCAGAUCGAGUCCUUGUCCAAGGGGCCCAGCCCAGUGAAGACAACUGGUGUGGUCCCAAGCAAACACUCACAACAGAAGAAGCAAGAGAAACAGGAGAAGCCACUCAAACCGAAGGCCAAAGGAGGGCGCCCUAGAGGCAGAAUCUCCACACCAGAGCGCAAACCUGUCCGCAAGGAACCUGUCUGCAUCCCAAGAGAGGAGGUCAAGAAGAAAAAAGCUGUGAUAAGGAAGACUGAGCUGACCAAAAAAAUGGAGACUCACAUUCAAUCCCCGUCCAAGAGGACUUUGAUGAAACCAUCAGUACGCGAGACCCGCCCCACCCACCACUCCUGCCCCAGAAGGAGACACACAGAAGCCCGACCAGACGGCCGUCAGCCUCUCAGUGUUGCAAGACAGUCUCAUGACAGAGCAUCAGAUGGUGGAUCACGGAGCCCAGACAAGAAGUCUCUGCCGCGGCACACAUCCAUUCUGAGUCGCCGUGGGUACCAUGACCAGGAGGAGAGUUCCACCUCCAUCACCAGCUCCGGCUCAACGGCUCCACGCAGACCCACAUCGUUUCGCACUGAGAUGAGGGCAGAGCACAGGACAGGACGAGCCCCCAGUAUGACAGUUGCAGAAUCAAUGCGCUCACGUUCAGCUCGCAGUGGCCACUCCACUCCCCGCACCCCGGGGUCCACAGCCAUCACCCCAGGGACCCCUCCCAGCUACUCGUCAUCAUCGAGGACCCCUGGAACCCCUCGCUCCCUCAGCUUGAUUUCCCAGGAGAGGAAGGUGGCAGUAGUCAGCACCCCACCCAAGUCACCCGCAACCACACCCAAGCAGCUUCGCAUCAUCAACCAGCCACUGCCUGACUUCAAGAACAUCAAGUCCAAGAUUGGCUCCACAGAGAAUAUCAAGUACCAGCCCAAAGGAGGACAGGUUCUCAUCCCCAGUGUUAAGCUGGACUAUAGCCAUGUUCAGUCUAGGUGUGGGUCCUUGGACAGGCGGGGCUACUCAGCAGGAGGUGGAAAUGUGCAGAUACAGUACAAGAAGAUUGACUUGAGCCAUGUGACCUCCAAGUGUGGCUCUCUUGACAACAUCCAUCAUCGGCCUGGGGGCGGUCACGUGCGUAUAGAGAGUGUGAAGUUGGACUUUAAAGAUAAGGCCCAAGCCAAGGUGGGUUCCCUGGAUUAUUCUCGCCACAUGCCUGGUGGAGGCCACAUCCCGAUCGAGACCCACAGGCUGGCGUUCCGCGACCAGGCCAAGGCCCGGGUGGACCAAGGAGCCGAGAUCAGUAUCCAGUCGCCAGGCCUGUCUGGCACGGUGUCCCCCAACCGCAACCGGGACAGCCACCUGUCCUCCUCCGGCAGCCUCAACAUGACUGAGUCGCCACAAUUAGCGACCCUGGCUGAGGACGUCACCGCAGCUCUGGCGAAGCAGGGUUUGUGA